CAUGUCUAAGAAUUAGGGUAGAUAGCAAGCAAGCAGGCAUAACUCAAGCAUCAGGAUGUCCAAGAACUAAAGGCAGCUAGCAAGCAAGCAAUCAUGUGCCAAGCCAUGCCAAACUUGCCCCACGCAACUAAACUUAGCAAAUGUUCAGCUAAUAUUUAUGUACACCGUAAAAGCCUCAGCCAUGGCUGCCUCCUGCUCCACCUGGUCACCCCCUCCCUAUCCUUCCCAUUCAUUUAACUAAUCGGCCAUCAAUUACAUCAUCAGCUUCCACACACAGGCUCCUUGACAACCUAAUGCCAUAGCACCCAUCCUGGCCUGUAUAUAAAGGUCACAUACAUCUCCAUAACAACAGACCCAAUUUAUCCAUCUUGCCAUACCACUCCUGUUCUUGUACUGAAUACCCAACCUUCAUUUCCUUCCAUUGCUACCAAAAGCUUGCGUGCAGAGUAUAGAUAAGUUCAUCAACAAUACAAACAUAUAUGGAUCCCAAAAUUGCUGUUGCUCUCACGCUUUCUCUCGUCGGUGGCUUAAGCACCUCCCUUGGUGCAUUACUGGCAAUACUAAAUCAUGCCCCAAACAACAGAACACUAGGGAUAUUACAGGGAUUUGCUACUGGACUCAUGCUGAGCAUGUCUUUCUUUGACUUGGCUUACGAUGCUAUCAAUGCGAUUGGUUUCCUGAAAGGAAAUCUUUGGUUCUUUGCUGCAGCACUUCUAUUUUCCGCGAUUGCAGAUGUAUUCCCUGAGCCGGAAUGCAACCCUGUAGAUGAAAAUGACAAACAAGAUUCCCCACUCUGCUUUUCAUUUGGAAAGACGACUGGUAAUACAGCAAGGAAGGAACUUAUGAUGAGACACCGAAGAAGACUUAUCUUUAGUGUAAUUGUCACCGCAAUUGGUGUUAUCUAGAACCAAUUGGUCCUGAUGAGGAUAAGAAACCGGUGUUGUCUUGGGACGACUGCAAGUGCCCCCCUCAUGUAGGAGUAAGAACAGCAGCAUUUCGUAGUUGUUGGAUUUUUUUUUGGGUUCUGUAGCUGUAACUUGGUAGGGGUCUUCACCAUUUCAGAUUCAAACUGAAAAAAUAAAUCAGGUACAGAUUCCCUCUUGAAUUCAUUUCCAAAUGCAAAUAUGUUGUCGGAUUCCCUCUUGAAUUCAUUUCAAAUGUAGAUCAGGGAAAUAGAAGGCACACAGUUCGUGACAUGCACUGCAAUUAUGCGUGCAUAAAUAAAAGCAUCAUUUGAGCUUAGAAGCCAAACUUCUAUACAGAUAUACACUGUUAAAAAGCUCGCAUCUAUUUAUGUUAGCACCAUGAAAUUUCUGUCAAUAAACAGAACAGGGAAGGAAAAACUGAAGUAGCACGUCAAAAUAAGUAAAUGGUUUUUGACAUCCACUACCAUACCAUUUGGACUAUAUAACAUUUGUAUGUGUAACUUUGAAUCUGAAAGAUUUCCCUUUUCUCUGUCAUGUUGCUUUAGUUUAUCUGCUUCUGCCUUUACCAUUUUGCUUGCUUGUGAAAUUGAAAACUAAAAUCUGCUGUAGCUGUAACUUUCAAACUGAAACACUUCCCUUUUCUCUGUUAUGUUGCUCAAGUAUAACUGCUUCUGCCCGUUACCAUUUUGCAUGUCCGUUAAACUGAAAACUAGAAGUUUUUGUAUCUGUAACUAUGAAAGUGAAAUACUUCACCUUUCUCUGUCAUGUUGCUCAACUGACUGCUUCUACUUAUCUGCAGCUCAUUUUUAUUACAACUAUAGUAAACUAUUCUGGGUCUUUCUCCCAACUAGUAUUAGCCUUAAUUUCUCAGGGUUUGAGAACUAAUAACAGAAUCAGCCACAGUUGUGACAAAGAUGUUGAUGAGAAAAAUGUGGAUGAUGACGAGUACAAUGGCUAUGAGGGAGAUGAGUACGAUAGCUACAAGGGAGACGAGUACGAUUGUAAUCAGCAACAUGAUCACCACGAUGAUGAUUGAGUACUCAGGCAAAGUGAAGUUCUGAAAUUUGUGUUCAAUUUCUCUUCUACAAAAAGUUUGGACCAUUUUAUCAUAGUUACAUUUUGUAUCCUGGCACUUUCUAAGUGGAUCUUUAUUAUGCAACUCAUUAGGCAUGUAUGAUGCAUUGGGUGAAAUAUAUAUAACUUCUUUUGU